AUGGCAGGAUAUCUCACAAAUGGAUUCGGAGAGGCUCGAAGCGGGUCAUGGAGCGUGAUCGGGGAGCGUAGUGGCCGAAGCGUAGUGGCCGGAGCGGAGUGGCCGGAGCGGAGUGGCCGGAGCGGAGUGGCCGGAGCGGAGUGGCCGGAGCGGAGUGGCCGGAGCGGAGUGGCCGGAGCGGAGUGGCCGGAGCGGAGUGGCCGGAGCGGAGUGGCCGGAGCGGAGUGGCCGGAGCGGAGUGGCCGGAGCGGAGUGGCCGGAGCGGAGUGGCCGGAGCGGAGUGGCCGGAGCGGAGUGGCCGGAGCGGAGUGGCCGGAGCGGAGUGGCCGGAGCGGAGUGGCCGGAGCGGAGUGGCCGGAGCGGAGUGGCCGGAGCGGAGUGGCCGGAGCGGAGUGGCCGGAGCGGAGUGGCCGGAGCGGAGUGGCCGGAGCGGAGUGGCCGGAGCGGAGUGGCCGGAGCGGAGUGGCCGGAGCGGAGUGGCCGGAGCGGAGUGGCCGGAGCGGAGUGGCCGGAGCGGAGUGGCCGGAGCGGAGUGGCCGGAGCGGAGUGACCGGAGCGGAGUGA